AAAGCACCCAAACUCUCGACACCUAGGAAAUCAUUGACUGCGUUCGGUUUAUUCAAACAUUUUAGAACGCAGUUUAAAGUCGGAAUGUGUUUAAAACUAAAUACUUAGAGCUGUCACAGUGUUAAGAAAAAUACAAAUUAAAUAACACAACAUACCUUAAUAGUGGACUUUUCAUUAUAAACAACACGCGCACGAUAUGACAGUAAAUAAAUAAUUAAUUUUAGUUCAAUAAUUACCAAAUACCCAUAUGUAAAGCAUUUACUUGUUUUUAAGACGGCGGAUAUAUACAUAUAACAUAAAUAAAGUGCAAUUUGGAGGUUUGAAUAUAAUUUACAUAUCCGGCAGACACACGGGAAAAUGAAUUUAGCGUUACUUCUUUUCGCAGCGAUUUUGCAGUGGACAACGACAGGUGGUCAUUCCAACAAGUAUUCGUUCCACAAAGAACUAACGGACGAUGAGAGAAAGUUUUACUUUGGCACCAACGACAUCGAGGAAGUACCAAACUAUGAAUACACGACGCCUCAACCAAUCGAUUCACGCAAGAAACGAAGUGACGUCAAUCAUGACGUCGAUGUCAGUUACGUUAUUGACGUCUUUGGAAAAGCGACGCACAUAAUUUUGGAACGGAAUAGACACCUUAUAAAUCCAGGAUGUAUUGUCCAACUCGUGAAGGAAAACGUGACAACGGUGUCUGUCUGCGACUCCGAGCAAACGAAUUGUUUCUACACCGGGAGAAUAAGUAACGAUAGCAACAGUUGGGUGGCAGCGUCAAUAUGCGGAGGACUGCAUGCGAUGAUUGGUUCAUCCGACAAAACCGUGGUGGUUCAGCCAAUCAGAGCAAGUCACGUGACAAGAACGCGCAGGGAUACACUGACGUCACAACCUCACAUUGUUUACGAAUACACAGCACGGAAGGUUUUGUUUGCCACAGAUGAUUACGUUCAGAAUACUGUGAUAAAUAAAUCGUCUAGAAGAAGACGCGAUGCUGGUAAGAAGAUCGUCGAAACUACUGUUGUUGUUGAUCCUACCGCAUACAGGUUCCACGGGAGUGAAACCGAGCGAAUGGUGAAAACUAUCCUGAAUGUGAUGGCGAAACUAUAUUUAGACAGCACUCUUCGUUCCCAGCUGUAUUUCUCUUUGAACAAGCUGGUAAUUUUAGAACAUGACCAAGCAGGUUUAAAAAUAGAAACCGAUUCCGCACGAACGUUGGACACUUUCUGUCAAUGGCAGACGACUUGGAACCCAUCCAGCGAUUCCAACCCGGAACAUGCUGAUUACGUGGUGUUGCUGACUAAGGUGGACCUUGAGCUGCGGGGUAACGCGGCUACGGCUGGGCUGGCCAGAAAGGGCAUGUGCGGAGAGAAGACUCGCUGUGCUGUAGUGGAGGAUAGCGGGUUAGCGGGAGCGCUCGUCAUGGCGCACGAGACCGGUCAUGUACUGGGUAUGAACCACGAUGGUGACGGAAACAGCUGCCCGGACGGUGAACACAUCAUGGCGACAUGGGCGGCGUCGGGUGUUGGCGCCUUUACUUGGUCGGCAUGCAGCGCACGUGCACUAAAGGAUUUUCUAGACUCAUCAGAGUCCAGUUGUCUGAAUGACGUCCCGCCUCCAGGUUCCACGGACAUUUCCGCUUCUUCCACGUUCCCUGGAACCAUCUACUCGGCCAGCCAGCAGUGCCGACUCAUGCUGGGACAGGAAGCAGAUGUAUGCGAGGAUGUUGUAGUACCAGGGCAGACGGAUGUCUGUGGCGCACUGGUUUGCAGAGAGAGGCCGAACAGCGGCACGAACGGCUGUCAGAUCUACCCAACACCUCGUAUGGACGGCACGGAGUGCGGACAUAGACAGUGGUGCAUGGGCGCGGUGUGCGUUGCUAUGGGAGCAGGAUCGCCUGGCCCCGUGGACGGUGGUUGGUCAGUCUGGGAGGCCGAGAUGGGGCCGUGCUCCAGGUCAUGUGGGGGCGGGGUCAAGUUCAGGCGCCGAUACUGCAACAAUCCCGAACCGAAAUAUGGCGGGAAAACCUGCACCGGAAGUGACAUCUCCGGCGGGGAACUCUGCAACGUGCAAGAAUGUCCGGGACGUUCCCAAAUCGACUUCCUGUCGCAGCAGUGCGCAGCGACAAACGAUAGACCGGUCCAGGGCCAUAACUACCGAUGGGUCCCCAACAUUGGGGUCGAAGGAGACGCCAGCUGCAAAAUUAAUUGCCAGGUGGAGGACACCAACAUCAUUAUGUCACGUGGUAUCAACCAAGACGGUUCGGAAUGCUUCGUGAGGGACGCGGCGAGCACCACUCAGAAAUGUGUUCAGGGGAAAUGCGCGGCGUUCGGGUGUGACGGCCACAUGGAAUCGGGUCACGUUUUCGACAAGUGCGCCGUAUGUAAAGGUCGCGGCGAUAUGUGCAGAAAAGUGACGGGCACGUACAACCAGGGCCGUAAGCAAGAGCUGACGACGUUUGCGACAUUUCCUGGCAACAGCACAGGCAUCACCAUAACCCAGGGAAACCGAUACUGCUGGAUAAGUGUAACGGUGAACGGAGAGCAGCUUUUUGCCAUGUCGUCAUCGCGCAUGUCCGGAAACUACGUUAUCGGGGGCGUGUCACUGAAGUACAACAAGCUACCGGAAAAAAUAGAAAUAACCGGCCCGACGUCUGCCCCAGUCAUUGCUCAGGUAUAUCGGCAGUAUGGGCAAGAGUACGUCGGAACCGCACCGGAAGUGACAUAUGAAUAUCAUGUACCAACAGGACAUCGGCAGACGACAGUGUACAUGUGGAAGACACGCGCAGGCGCAUGCUCGAAAACGUGUGGUACAGGCGCACAAACUCCAAUCAUCACGUGCGAGAGUGUUGCCACGGGUACGGUUGACGACUACAACUGUAUUCUGGCAGAGAAACCCAGCGAGGUUCCAAAACCUUGCAACACCCAGGCAUGCCCACCCAGAUGGCGAGGCGCGGAGUGGGGGGAGUGCACCAAGUCAUGUGGGGGAGGGGAGAAACAACGACUGGUACAGUGUGUGGAGGAAAACAACAACGUCGACAGGGUGGUUGACAACGGUCGAUGUGUCGGGCAGACCAAACCAGGCUCGACAUCCACGUGCAAUUCACAUGCUUGUUCUGGGGUGUGGAAAGCUGGGGCGUGGUCCCAGUGUUCCACCUCUUGUGCACGUGGUACCCGUGCCCGCACGGUCCGCUGUUACUCGAGCGCAACCUCUAACACGCCGAUUGACGAUAGCUCAUGCAUACUGAUUGAAAAGCCUACCGAACAGGAAGCCUGCAUUGCGCAUGCGUGUGAAACGAAAUCCGGCUGCUCAGAUGAAGUUGACAACUGUGACCAGUACGCUGCCGGCUUCUGCACGGGUCCUUCGUACAGUAACUGGGCUAAGAAGAAUUGCGCCAAAUAUUGUGGCUACUGUGAGGAAAUUACAGCUUCCGGUUCGUGUAGCGACGCAGUGAACGACUGCGCAGCGUACGGAAGUAGCAUGUGUACUGAAUAUGCUUCGUGGGCGAAACAAAAAUGUCAGCGCUUCUGUCAUUUUUGUGACACGGAUAAUCACAAUGGAGCUUGCAAGGACGCGUCCAACGAGUGCGCAUCUUAUGUCAGCAGCAUGUGUACAGAAUACAAGUCAUGGGCCGUGCAGAACUGUCAAGCCUAUUGUGGAUUCUGCGGACACAGAAAGAAACGGGACCUGCGCGACCUGUUAGUGCCCAUUGUAGAACCAUCGAAAGCGUAUGAUUCAGGUAUUGUACCACCGAAAAAGGCCAUUAACGAAGAAAACAUGUCAGACAUUGUUCCCGGAAUUGACGUUACAGUAAAUGUUCCUGACGUCAUUGGGAAUUCUGAUGACGUGAUAAUGUUUCCUCGCAAACGUACUGACGAGGCGCCCCCUACCGCUCUCUGCAACACAGUGAGGACAACGUCUAGAGGUGCCAUCGACGUUCGCGGAAAAUUAGUUGAAGGCGAAGUGUGUGAGCAGAUAUUAGUUGUUAGCGCCGAAAAUCGAAUACUGCUGACUUUCGAGGAUCUGCGAAUGGAUUGCCAGUCCGGUGAUGAAAUGACGAUUGUGGACGGUGUCACCAACGAAAAAAGAUCAUUGUGCGAUUCGCAAAUCGAAAAAACAUGGCUGUCACAUGGAAACAUCGUGGUGCUGCAAUUUAAAGCGGGGGUCAACGGACAUGGCCAUUCAUUUUCUUAUGAAGCGAUCCCACAACAAAAACAACCUGCGUGCAGACAACAGUUUACUGAUGUCGCGGGUCACCUGACUGUUCAGAGCAGUGACGUCACCGAGUGCGAGAUCUACGUCAUCGUGACGCCAGGCAGGAGCGUUCAGAUAAUUUUCAAUGAGUUCCACAUGGUUGACAUGACUGGUAAACCAGGCUGCAUCAAGGUUGAGGACAUGGAGGGCGAAGAAGUGGAUUCAUUUUGCGGCGAGUUGUCUCCCUUCAUCUGGGAGUCACGUGGUGCGCGAGUGAGACUGGUUUACGGUCAGGUGCGCGAAAAUGGCGGCUUCGAGGCGGAGUACACAGUCCAGACUUUGUAAAAAACUUAAUGACAUCAAAAAGAAUGCGCAUCAACAAUCUACAUUGUCCAAAGUGGUUAUUUUUUGUUAAUAACGACAGUGCGUAUUGUUAACCGUGAACCGCAAUGGAUAUCGGCAAACUCUGAAAUAAUCGCAUGAACAGAAUAGCAUUUCAUUAAAUUUCGUUUGCUAUAUGUCAAUUUGUGAAGCAUGAUGAUAUUGACAAACGUUGUCGCUGUCGCUGUCGCAUGAAAUUAUUGUAUUCCUACCACUGACUUAAUUGUGUUUUUUAUGUACAUGUUUGUGCUUAUGUUUAAAUACAUUUAUACGUUUCAUAAAUUGAAGCUCAGUUGAAUCUCUGUCAUGACAAGUGAUAUAUUGCAAUACAGAAAAUUAGUUAAUUUAUAAUCAAAAGCCAACUUCUAUAAUAAUCGACAAGUUUAAACCUUUUCAACGUCAAUAGACAAAAUCUUAAUAACGUACCUAAAAUAAUAAUAAUAUUUUUUUUACAAAUUAACCAGCGUUUAUCAAACGGAGCUACCGUAAUUACUCUAUGUUUUCGGACACUCUAAGUUUUCGGACAUCCCCCUUUUUUAGCAAAAAUAAUUAUUUUUCGUGACUCUUUAUUUUCGGACACACGAGUUUUCGUCCGUUAUUUAUGUCUCAAAAUUUUGUUAAUAUUUUUCUUAUCUAAGUUUUCGGACACGAAUUUUCUUUAUUAUUUUUAAGUGUCCGAAAACAUAGAGUAAUUACGGUAACCUGCCCCACUGAAUUACUUAUUCUAUAAACAAUUGAAUAAACCUCAAACAAUAUUGUACACUAAUGGUCGAAUAUUGUGUAAAUUAUCAAAUCGUCCUGUUACUUUUUUGGUCUGGGCCAGUCUGAUGCUAACGUGAACCCGAUCAUACAUGUUAUUUGUACUGCAUUCUUUCAUAAAAUCGUGUUAUUUUGAUCUAUAUCUUUAAAAAAAAAUGCUUCUAUGAAAAAUGUGCAGUCUCUUAGUAUAUUCAUUAAAAUUUUUGUAUGCCUAUUUUUUUUCAAAUGUUCAUAUAAGGUUUUUGUACACCUUUUAUUUAAAAGCUAUAUAUUUUGUUCACUUUUAUUAAAUUGCCUUUUGUUGUGUUGCUUUUGUAUUUGCUUUUUUGACAAAACAGACGACAUAUUAAAUGUGCCGCGCUUUAGGAAUUGGCAUUUUAAAUGAAUAAAUACAGCAUUAAA